AUGGACGUUUCUGACCAUCCACCGACCAUUACGCUUCCGUUUUCAAUUGCUGGCUGCUCUGAACAUAGUGGAAGAUAUGUGGCCGAGAACAUUCUCGUGGACAAGCCUUCGGACCAGGCAAGUAGAUGGAGCGGUGCUCAUCAAUCGCCCAAUGUGAAGCAAUGGAUUCUCCUCCGCCUGGAUGGCUUGAGCAUUCUCAAGAGUAUUACAUUCGGAAAGUUCCACAAACCACAUCCUUGUAAUAUGAAGGAAUUCAAGGUAUAUGUCGGGUUGACUGAGGACAGCAUGACCGAGGUUCUGCAUUCCGGUCUCAAGAAUGAUAUCUGCCCAGAGACGUUUGCCGUCCGGCAUACGAAUCGUGCUGGAAUAUGUUUUCCGACGCGCUUCGUCAAGAUCAUUCCGCUUUCAGCUCAUGGACAAAGCUUUCAUACAUCCAUUUGGUUCGUCUCAUUAUCGGGUGUCGAAGACGGGUCCUUCGUCGAGCAAGCGAGAAUUAAGCACGACGAUUACCGAGAAGCUGUAGUGCUGUGCCAUGUCUUGAAACAUCUCCGCCAGCGGCGUUUCCUGUCGCCUUUCAACACGAUUCUCUCCCGCUCAGGCCUGCAGCUAGAGCAUCCACUUGUAACUGCACUUUACGAUUCGAUCGUUCUCAAUGGCGACUGGCUACGCGCAGAACACGUUCUGAAGUCUGCCUCUGACGCGGGCCUCUUCACUUCGUACCGUCAUGCGUGCCAGCCCCAAGCACAGUGGACGCGUCUGCAUGGCCUCGAUGCCGACGGUGACGCACCUUGCAGACGCGGCGGACACGCAAUGUGCAUGGAUCAGCAGAAUGGGCUCAUAUACCUCUUUGGUGGGUGGGACGGCCAGCGCAGUUUGGAUGACUUCUGGGUGUACGAUGUCACGCUGGAUACUUGGCGGCUUCUGAGCCUCGCGACCUCGCGUGAACAGAAUGGUCCAGGUCCUCGUGCUUGCCACAAGAUGGUGUUUGAUGACAAGACGGGCUCAAUAUACCUCCUGGGACGUUUGGGUGACGGUGAUGCACACGAGCCUGCAGACGCUCCAAACGCUCCUGCCCAUCGGGAUGAUAGUGGCGGUGAAAGAACUACCUCCCCCACUCCUGUGGCUAUAACUGGUGCGAGGCACUUGAACGAUCUGGCACGUCCGGGUUCGAGCGAUGGAGCACCCCCUGCCAUUCCGUGGUCAGCUUACUGCUCCGAGUUCUAUCGAUAUCACACUCGCGGUCUGGAUGCUGGCAAAUGGGACUUGCUCUACAUUGACACCGCGUCUUCGGGUGGUCCUCCACUCGUCUUUGACCAUCAGAUGGUCAUGGAUAGCCAGGCCCAAAUGAUUUACAUUUCUGGUGGUCGCAUUGUAGAUGGCGAUUGGGAAUCAUGUAAGUAUGCGUCGCUGUAUAGCUACAACGUGCGUACAGGCGUGUGGGAGACACUACAAGCGUCUGACUCGCUAUGUUCUCAUCCCUGUAUUCCCUCGCGAUUCGGUCAUUCAAUGGUCCUUGAACCGAAGUCUCAUACCCUCUUCAUUUUCGCCGGUCAGCGCGAUGACAAAUACCUUUCCGACAUGUACGCGUACCACAUACCCUCUGGUACCGUCCAUGAACUGUUCUCGAACUUCUCCGUUGCUGGCGGGCCAGAUCCAUGUUUUACUCAGAGAGCAGUCAUUGAUCCAGAGUUACAUGAAAUCUACGUGUUCUCUGGUCUGAGCCGUCGCCAAGGGUCACUUACAGUGCUCGACUCUGAGUGUCCGAACUGGAUAUAUCGCUACGAGCGCCCCGAUCGUCCAGGUAAAUGGUCUAAAAUUCUACCUGCUGGUCGACCUGAGGGCUCGGACGCUCACUUCGGUGAGGUGGAGAACGAGCAUCCGCUGCCCCGGUACGCACAUCAAGUGGUGUAUGACUUCGGUACCAAGACGGUCUACAUGCACGGUGGAAAUGCAGGGCUGGAUGAGGUGACCGGGGCUACGUCUAUGGGAGGAUCUAUGGAAGAUUCCCGCAACCGAGAGGGAGGUGGUAGCACGCAUAAUACCGAAGGAACGCGAGAGAAUCGUCUGGAUGAUUUCUGGAAUAUGCAGCUGAAGCGGCCUGCUCCCGAAAGCAUCGUUCGAAAGGCCACUUAUGCUGUCCGACAGCAGCAGUUCCGCGAAAUGUGCGAGGACGCUCCACCUGUCAAGGCGCUCACGUUCCUGCAGACAGAGGUAUCCUCAGUCGUCAAUCAUGCUGAUGUGGAGGAAGCACAUCAGUUCCAAUCCUUACUUUCACACCUGUUGACGGCGCCACCGCGUCGUGUGGACACUACCGUUACCUCAGGGCCUGUUGAGAGUCGGCGCGAUAGUGAGCCUGUCAGGAAGCGGUCACGAUCAGAUACCUUAGCCGACUCCGCCGUCAUACCGUCAAUUACACUGGCAGAAGGAGACCAGCCGAUGGGAGAUGCGACGGUGGAGUCUACCUCUACUUCGGGGGAAGCGGGUGUCACGAUCUCCCAACCUGUUGUGAGACUGGAGGUGGAUCCCGGGGAAAGGGCUGGAUCAGGCCGAUCUCCACCCUCGCCAGCACGCUUCAAACAGCGGACCGAUGUCUUCGAGACAUUACUGCUCUAUGUUAACGAGGACGCCAAGCAGCCAGAGAAAGGCCUGCUGGAGCUGAUCAAUACAGACGGUCUAGAUUUGGUGUCAAGUGAAGUAUGA